AUGAGUGGUUACCAGGAUAUGUACAAUUCGUCUGCCUCUCGAUCUCCUGGCUCCCACCGUCACCCACCACAGCAGCUUCGCCGUCAGCCCUCUCGCCAGUUUGACGCCUACGGGCCCAUGUCUUCCGCUCUGUACGAGGAGCCUCCGCUUGGCCGUUACGAUACAAAUCCGUUGGAUAGGUUGAAUGCCACUAUGCCGAGUGGCUCGUAUCCAUAUGAUAUAUCCGGCUCUCAGACGUGGAAUGCAAACAGUGUUGGUCUGGGUGGAUUGGCAGUUAAUUCCGCCACUGCCACUUCUAGGAUGAGAAAUGUUCGUUCACGCACCGCUCUUCCCACGCAGACCUGGUUGGAUCAGCAGAACAGCCUCCCAAAUUCGUUCUCUCUAGCGCCUGGUCAGCACCAGCCCUCUCCUCAAAUUCGCGCGGAGAACCCUCACGACGCGGAAGAUGAACUCAUCCCAACCGCUAUUGUUAUCAAGAACAUUCCCUUUGCUGUGAAGAAGGAGCAGUUGAUACAGCUGAUGACUGAAAUGAAUUUACCGUUGCCAUAUGCCUUCAACUAUCAUUUCGAUAAUGGCGUGUUCCGAGGUCUUGCUUUUGCAAACUUCACCUCUGCGGAGGAGACGGCUACUGUUAUUGAAUUGCUAAACCAUUUCGAACUUCAGGGAAGAAAAUUGAGAGUUGAGUAUAAGAAAAUGCUCCCCGCGCAGGAACGUGAGAGGAUCGAGAGAGAGAAGCGAGAGCGUAGAGGCCAGCUCGAAGAACAGCAUAGGCCCAUGGCUACCUCCCAGUUGCAACAUCAAACUUCCAUGUCUUCGUUGGCGUCACACCUACCAACCACUUCUCCCUCACCCGUCUCCCAGCGCGCAGGUAAACUAGAGGUUGAUAUGAACGACGCACAGACGUUGCAAUACUACUCACAGCUGCUCCUGUUCAAACAGGACCUGAGCAAAGAAGCUCUCAUUUUCGGCACAAACUUAACUCCCGCCCAGCGCCGGAUAGUGCAUACUAUCUCCCAUAAUAUGGGUCUUGCUCACACUUCCCGUGGAACUGGUGACCAGCGUCAGGUGCAUGUCUACCGCGCUGGCCCCGGUGCCAAUGUCAGCCCUCCUGUCCCGGCUAUGCCAGCAACGGUCACUUCCGAUGCUGCUCGCCGCGGUCUCUCCCGUGCGGCUACCAUUGACUUUGGGGAGUCCCGCCAUGAACAGCAAGCUUAUGGCAGUAGCAUGCGUCAGUCCUCGUUCUUGAACGUACUAGACUCUCCAGGCCCAGGGGGUUACGCAAACGCGCAGAACCUUCGUGCUGCUAAGUCGUUCGCCGACCUGCGUUCUUUUACUCCAUCCCCUGUUCCAUCUUCUGCUAGCUUCCCAGCUGCCUUGCAAACUAACGGUGCUCGAUUCCAGCAGCAGCAGCAGCAGCAGCAACAGGCAUAUGAUGCCGGGACCAGUGGUGCCUCUAACACCCCCACACUCACUCCUACUCCGUCUGGUUCAUCUCUUGGUAUUCAGCGUGUCGAUGACAGUCUCCUCGUUAACAGUCUGGGCGGCCUAUCACUUGGUACCUCGGUCACUGGACCCUCCGGUUCUCCUCGCCGUACACGCGGUAUAUGGGAUGCUUCUGAUCUUCCCACAACUACAGCGGGAUCAAACAAUGGUUCCGGAUCCAGUGCUGGUGCUAUCGGAUCUAACCGCUCCAUUGGACUUGGAUUUGAUUCCGGAAACCAAAGCCAGGAACGUGUUCCGGUGAGACAACCUAGAGGCCCUGCUCCGGAGAGAGGUCCAGGAUUCCGUCGCCAGAAUAGCCACCAGCAACGUGGCAGCGAUGAGCUAAGGAGCAAUCCCGGCGUGGAAAUCAUUGUUGAGUAG